GGCUGUCACACUAUUUUGGCGCGAAGUGAGAGACCAAGCAACACCAGAGGGUCAAGGCGCAUUGCUGACACACUCACACACACACACAUUCUCACACUAGUUGAGAUUAAUUUAUCGUGAAAAAUGAUCGGACAGAAAAGCAUCAAGUCAUUUUUCUCACCCACCUGUAAAAAGAGAGACCUGGACACUCUGACCGGAAGCGAGGACGUGUGUGAUGUGAAGAAGCUGAAAGCUGGCAGUGACGUGGCGCUGAGUCCCGAGCAGCUCGAGCGCAUCGCCAGGAACAAGGCGGCGGCUCUGGAGCGCUUGUCCUCCCGCCGCGGGCCUGUGGGAGUCGGGGAGAGCUGGAGCAGAGCGCUGGGCUCCGAGUUCAACAAACAAUACUUCACAUCGUUAUUGAACUUCGUGGAUGAUGAGAGGCGGAAGCACACCGUGUAUCCGCCGCCGGAGCAGGUCUUCACGUGGACGCGCAUGUGCCGGAUUGAAGAUGUGAAGGUUGUUGUUCUUGGUCAGGAUCCCUAUCAUGGACCAAAUCAGGCUCACGGCUUGUGUUUCAGCGUGCAGAGACCCAUUCCACCUCCUCCAAGCUUGGUGAACAUGUAUAAAGAACUGGAGUCAGACAUCGAAGGCUUUCAGCAUCCUGGCCACGGUGAUCUGACAGGAUGGGCAAAGCAAGGUGUUCUGCUGCUGAACGCUGUGUUAACUGUGCGAGCACAUCAGGCCAACUCGCACAAAGACAAAGGAUGGGAAACGUUCACGGACGCAGUGGUGCAUUGGCUUAGCACUAACCUGGAGGGCCUGGUCUUCAUGCUGUGGGGCUCGUACGCUCAGAAGAAAGGCGCUGCGAUCAAUAGAAAACGACACCACGUCCUCCAGACAGUUCACCCGUCCCCGCUUUCUGCACACCGUGGCUUCUUCGGAUGCAAACAUUUCUCAAAGACCAACGAGCUGCUGCUGAAAUCCGGGAAAAAACCCAUAGACUGGAAAGCCCUGUGAGUUUAGUGAGUGUGGGCGGUUAAGCUGAACAUUCGGUUCAUAGUAAGCUCUCUUCUCUGUUGUGAUGGCCUGUGUGGUUAUCCUGAGCGGUUAUACGCUAUUUACACGGGACCUUUUCUCCAGGCCAUCCUCUGUUGUGAUUUCUUUCUCUUUUUUUUUCCAUUUUUUCUUCUUACAAUGAAAAUGUUUUCACAAUAACAGUAUUUUUGUAUGUUCAGAUAGUUCAGCUGAUCUGCAAUUGUUUUCUGUCGAUGUCUGUCUUUGGAAACACUGUGUACUUUUUUUUAAAAAAACCAAACUACUUAAUACAUUUGCACUUUUUUUAAAACCUUUUUUUUUUGGUCUAUUUUAUAAAGAACAUUUCUCUUAAUAAACUUGAUAAAAGGAGAAAGUGUGA